AAUAUUUUCAAUCAUUUAAGCAUAUUUCAAACGAUUACAUUGCAUUAUGCCUCUGUGCUAUAGGAUCCUCCAUCUCUAUACUCACAUGGAUUUUAUUGUGGAAGAUAUAUGAUUAGUGAACGAAUCGCAUACGGCAUAGAGUGGCCAUGAAAAAUUUUGAUAAACACCUCAUUCUCAAUUGACUAAUCAGCAAUAGAGUGGAUGUAAUUAAGUUGUGAUCAUACAGGAAAAUGUGAUUCAUCGUAGCUUUCAUAAAUGUGAUUUGUGAAAACCAUAAAUAGAUAAAGUAUUAUUCACUGUUGUAAAUUGUGUUGUUGUUGAAACAUUAUAAGAUUAAAUUUUACAAUAGAAAGGGUCAAUGAAAUAUAAUUUUAAAUGGAUUUAUAUAAAAUAUACGUCCUUGAAAGACCUAGAGCCCACCUAGAGAAACGACGAUAAUUACGAGACGUUCAUAAGAAUAUUUUUCCUUAAUUACAGCAACAAGAUCAUGCACGGUAUUUGAAUGAGAUAUAUUAAACAAUUCUUCACAUCCUUAAGCGACACGUAAAAAAUCAUACUACUCAAAACAUCAACCCCAUUGAACGGCCAAUUAUAAUUAUCAACAAUAUUAAUUAUGAACACGAAGUCAGCCCUUUCAAUACCUAACUUCAUUGGAAGUGGUUCAGCAUCACAACCGCAAAGUCCAUGCUCUAACCAAGAAAAUGUAACGCUUUGCGGGUGUCAACAGGCUCCUAAAUCUCAAUGGGCAUCUGCCUUUGGAGUUCUUGUGCUCGUAUUAGCGUAUACGGCCCUUGGAUCAGUUCUGUUUGUGGCUCUUGAAGGCGAAGCAGAAAAUGGAGAUAUGAUUGAAACUUCUGUCGCGGCAUCCAAACCGUAUCCUAGACAUGAUUUACCGAGUGCCGAAAUGCGACAUAAGACAGUGGAUCGGCUAUGGUCAAUCACCGAAGAUUUGAAUAUACUAUACAAGGAAAACUGGACACGAUUAGCUGCCCAAGAAGUUCUUCACUUUCAGGAUACAAUUCUUCGGGCAGUACGGGCAUCUCGAAUACAACAAGUGGCAAAUGUUCAACAAAAUACACGACCAUACAAAUGGACAUACGCUUCGGCUUUUCUAUACUCACUAACAUUAAUAACAACAAUAGGAUUCAGUGGUAUCUCUCCACGGACACAAUGGGGUCGAGUUGCUGCACUCAUUUAUGCGCUAUUUGGUAUACCAAUCAUACUUCUUUAUCUGUCAGCUAUCGGAGAGAGUUUAUCAAAUGGAAUGCGAUGCAUAUUUCGUCGUUUGAAGCCCUUUCGUACAUCACAGGAAGUUGGUAACAGUGGUCCACCAAUUGGAAAUAUAACCGUGCCCGGGAGUGGCAAAAACAAUAGUUCUGAAGUUCAAAAGCGAUCUCAGCUCUAUCAUCAAACGUGGAAUCACAAUGCAACUAGUCAUGAGCCACAUACCUACACUCUAAACACACAUGGUUUGCGCAUAAGUAAAACCAACAAUUUCAGACAACCACAAUCUGUAGUGCCAAUAUCUAUAUGCGUAAUGAUAUUGAUCUGCUAUGUAACGUUUGGUGCUGUACUUUUUCAUAAAAUACAGCCAUGGGGUGUUUUAGAAAGUCUUUACUUUUGUUUCACUUCGCUCGGAACUAUAGGAUUUGGAGAUCUAAUGCCUAAGGGGAAUAUUGCGCAAUAUACUGCGUCUGCAUACAUCAUUAUUGGUAUGGCAGUUGUGGCUAUGUGUUUUAGUCUUAUCCAAACGGAACUGAUCAUAUGGUUAAAAAAAUUUGCAAUUCCGGAAACUUCAUCUACGGAAGACGUUGCUCUUGUGUCUGCGUCCAUUACACCAGUUAAAUCUUGACAACGAUGCAAUGAUUUCACACUCAACGAGUACAAUUCGCUUCCUCGUCGAUCGGGCACGUUUCAUCGCAAUACACCUGCCAGAAGGUCAACAGGAGUCAUGGAUAACCACAUGGAAUACUUCGUACCUCGUAGUGUUAGUGAAUUCAAUCUUUCAGGUGUUGGCGAUCUGGCGCUACCACCGACAAAGCGAAGUAUAGUUUCUCAACACGCGGUUAGCUCAACUAUGAUCUCCGGUCCAAAGCCAAGGGAAAAAAUGGUUACUUUUGAGGAUGAGUCCAAAUGUGUACACCAUAAAGGAACUCUGAGCAAUGAUGUGUUUAUGUGACGAGAAGAAUCUACCACUGAAGAAACGGCAAGGCAACAAUGCUUGGAAGAUGUGAUUAAAGUUUGAAAAGCCCUACGCAUCUUCUGCAAAACUCAACUUAUCACUAAAAAGUUCCAACACUUUGAUGCAGUUCAUGAAAAUCAUUCCUACAUGUUUCUGUCGUUAAAAUACAGUUGAAAAAAAGAUUCUUUGAAAAUUGUGUAAGAUAUGAUUUUAGAACAAUAAGCAGUUUAUUUCAUUAAUGGCUCAUACGAAUGAUGGCAAAUUAAGGUUUUUUAUAACGUUGAUCAAUAUUGUUUCAAACAAUUUCAAUAGUAUUUGGUUCCAUCCAUUGUGUUCAUGUUCACUUGUUGUGUUCAUCACUAACAAAACGUGGUAAAACGAAGCUUUAUAUCUUACAAAAACCCAUAGCCAUAUAAUAUCUGUUAAGUCAUUGGUAAUUAUAUAAUAAACGGACACGUACAAUUUAAAUGAACGAAAAGCAUUAAAAUGUAGUCCGAAUAAGUUUUGUAGCGUUUACGUACACUGUAUAUAGAGAACUGAAAAGUGUUGUAU